AGUUCGAGCCUCUCCAAGGCAGCGCCGCCGCCGAAGGAGGAGCCGAAAGAAAGCGACCGCGGCGGCGAAAGUGAAGGCGGCGGCGGCAGUUUCGGUUUCGCCUCCAAGCGCUUGUCCGGGCAGGUCGGCGUGGCGGCCCCGGGGCACCUCUUCGGCCUUUGGCGCAACGGCACCUCGGGCGGCUCCUGCUGCAGCGCGCCCUCCGCCCGUGUGUGGGGCCCGAUCCCGGCGCUACCGCGGGAAGGAAAGCAGCGACGCGAGAGGGAACCGGAGCCGCUCCGCACUCGGAGACCAGCGGGCUGCGUGUGCGGGACGGAGGGCGCUGACCUCCGCCGGUGGCUCUUUCCGCGCGCCAAAGUUCGGGAUAGAGGCGGCGCGUCUAUGGUAGGAAGAUCCCGCCCGGCCCCCGGACUUAGGGCGAAGGACAUGGCAGACCCGGGGCCCCCCAUGCGGCUGAAAGAAUGGCUCAUCGCCCAGGUGGAGAGCGGCCGGUACCCGGGGCUGCGCUGGGAGAACCACGAGAAAACCCUCUUCCGGAUCCCCUGGAAACACGCGGCCAAGCAAGAUUAUCGGCAGCAAGAAGAUGCCGCCCUCUUCAAGGCCUGGGCCAUCUACAAAGGCAAGUACCACGAAGGGUUGGACAAGGCCGAUCCCACCGUCUGGAAGACCCGCCUAAGGUGCGCCUUGAACAAAAGCACCGACUUCAAGGAGGUCCCCAGCCGGAGCCACCUGGACAUCUCGGAGCCAUACAAGGUGUACCAGGUCAUCUUGGACGCAUCCCAAGAAACUGGUACCUCUGGCCAUCUGAGGCCCCAGGAGAGUGCAGAUAAGGAAAAUGGCAAAGAGCCAAGCGAGCCCUCGAUGUCGGCACAUCAAGAGACCCGAGCAGAUGGGAAACCAAAGAAGGCCAGGGCACCUUCAGAUUCAGGGCUGGCCUGCAAGGAUGAGCCAGGGGAGACCCUUCAGACCUCUCCGGUGCCAUCCCAGGCCCCCCAGAAGCCAAACCAUGGAGAGCACCAAGGUUACCAGGUGAAAGGGUAUUUCUGUGGCUGGAGCCCAGCCCAGUUUCUCUGCCGUCCGAGUCCUUGCUUCAUCAGUCCAGACCCACAGUACACUGAGAAUCAAAACAUCAACUCAGACUGCUGGCUGCACGUCCGCCUCUACUAUUGCGAUGUGCUGGUGAAGGAGGCCACCACAAAGACGGCGGAGGGCUGCCGGAUCACCUACUGCCCAGUGCCAGCCGACAACGAGCGCCUUUAUGGUCCAAACAGCAUGGAGCAGAUCCAGUUUCCCUCCACGGACGUCUUGGCUGGGAGCAGCCAGGGAGCCAGAGCGGUGGGCAUCUUGCAACGGCUCCUGCCUCACCUGCACCGUGGCGUCCUGCUCUGGGUGGCCCCUGAAGGGGUCUUCAUGAAACGCCAGUGCCAAGGCCGGGUGUAUUGGAAGGGGCCGCUGGCACCUAACGACAACCAGCCCAACAAACUGGAGAGGGAGAAAACCUACAAGCUGUUGGACAUGCAGGAAUUCCUCCACCAGUUAAAGGGUUACCUGAUCCAUGGAGGGCCGCUGCCUCAGUACCAGAUCCACUUCUGCUUUGGAGAAGAGUACCCCGCUGCCCCCAACCAGAAGCUCCACAAGUUCAUCAUGGCCCGUGUGGAGCCGGCGUUUGCUCACCAUCUCUGUCUCCACGCCCAGCAGCUGGGGCCACGCUCACUCCAGGACUCUCAGGUGUGCAAUUUGGAUGCCCCCAGGAAUAUCAUCCAGAUCCUGAAACAGCUGGGCCUGCCUUGAUUCUGCCGGAAGGGAAGUGGUGUCCUUGCGUGGGAGGGCUGGCAAGUAUUAUCGUUCAUCCAGCAGAGGUGGAGAAAGCUUAGCUUCCUUGGCACUGGACGUCUCCCGGGUGCCCCUACCCUGAGUGCUCGCUGUGCACCCAUUGUGACUUGGGUGCUCUUGUGUGCUGACCCAAGAGUGCCUGACCAGCAUGUGCUGAAAAACCUGUGGGAAUAGAGGGUUCGUGUUAGGCCUCAUUUUUACAAACGAUAGGUGAUGUUCCCUCACUGUAACAUUUCAAUGCAGAAGGAGGCUCACAUUUGAUAUAUAUGAUUACACAGAGGAGAGUUCUAGUCUAAUUUUCUCUUUCCCACACUUCUUAUUGGGAUUCUUUUUGGGGGGAUAUUCCAUCCUGCGAACCCUCAAGUGGUCCAGUUGAGACACAAACGGGCCCAGGUGACCGUGUGCCAUGCGUUACAGAGGACACUCCUCUGUUUGAAGAUGUUCUCUGUUUGAGGGCUGUCCAACCCCAUUCUGGUUUAAGGAACCCUAAGAGGGGAGAGGAGGAGGAGUCGCACAUCAACAACGGGUCAGCAGACUGAGCGGGCACACAAGUCACUUGGUGCCUCCUGCACGAUAGGCGGCAUUUCUGUUUAAAUUAUAGCCAUUAUUUCUAAACUUCCAUCUAUGCCCACAAAUUAUCAUAUGCAAGUUUCAUGCAGAUUGGUGCCCUGUUUUGGGGGGAUGCAAAUUCCCUGUUUUGGCAUUGUAUAACUGGCCCCCUUAAAUGGCCCAUCUCAUCUCCUGAUUGUGAGAACGAACCCUACGUUAGAACAUGAGGCAUUUAACAAUCUGGGUUGACCCUACCCCUCUGUUUUACAACUGUGUCUUUGUUGUUGUUGUUGUUAUGUGCCUUCAAGUCGACUACGACUUAUGGCAACCCUAUGAAUCAGCGACCUCCAACAGCACCUGUCAUGAACCACCCUGUGGUCUGAGGCUUCCUUUAUGGAAUCAAUCCAUCUCUUGUUUGGCCUUCCUCUUUUUCUACUCCCUGCUGUUUUUCCCAGCAUUAUUGUCUUUUCUAGUGAACUGUGUUUAGGAGUCACUCAAGUGAGCGUCAUUCUUUGUUGCAUUUAUUUUUUUAAAAAUGUUGUAAACCAACCUGAGUUCAAAGGAAAGGUCAGGAUACAGUCUAAUUGCCCAGUCUGCUGCACAUUCCCUCAGCAGUGAAUCCUACUGAAUGCAGGGGGCCUUAAUCCCUGGCACAUUUGCACAGGAUUGGAGCUGUCAAUAAAUCCACGCUUGCAAUGACGCAACAGAUUGGGAGGAGGGGAGUAAGCUUGAUCUUGGAGUGAAGUGGCUCUCAUGCAUCCUAACUGAGGGAUGCCGUCAUUUCCCUGGCAUAGUCUAAUGCUUUUGGGCAAUACAUGAAACUCCUUCAACAUUUCACGGAUGACAGAAGCAGCUUGCCAGGUGGGGCGGAGCUGCUCUGCUACCUUCCUGGCAGGUGAGAUGAAGAAGGGAAAGGGUGGGAUGAUGCAAGUGCACCAGUGGUGGAGCCAAUCCAGUGCUUCUGCUGGUACGUUUACAUUGCACGGACCUUAGAAUCAUAGAAUAGUAGAGUUGGAAGGGGCCUCCAAGGCCAUCAAGUCCAGCCCCCUGCGCAAUGCAGCCUUUCCCCUUCCUCUCCAUUCCGGUAAGCAACAGUGAUCCACUUGCCAAAAAGCUAAUGUCAUGCCUGUGCCCCACCCAGUGAGCUGCUUCUGACAGGUGGAAGCCUGAUUUUUUCCCCACCUUUACCACAGUGACUUCUGCAGCAGGUGUGCUAGGCAGCAGAUCACACCAGAUGCCUUUGUGUGUGUCUUUAAGAGCUCUUGCAGUGGCUUGGGUUGGACUUGCCCAAUCAGAAAGGCAGCUGGCUUUUCUGCAUUCUGCUAUGGUAUUGCUGGGCAGUCAAAAAUCACUCAGCAGUAUUUAUUAUCUGGAUAGGUAUAGCAGGCAAUGGGGGUGAGAAAGAGGAAUGGAAUGGAAGCUGGAAAAAAUGUUGUAAAGCUUUGGCUGUUGAAUUCUGCCCGUCACAUUGCUGUUAAAGAUUGCUGACUGGGCUAGCCCAGUGACUAGAUUUCUAACUGGAACAGGAAGGCAUGAACAUUUAACUCUGGGUCUGGCUACCAUUUUGUUUCUAGGCCCAGUUCAAAGUGCUUGUUUUGACCUUUAAAGGUAGAGCAUGGCAAGUCUCACUCACUGAAAUCCUUCUCUCUUUCCCAGAACAAUUAAAAGCCGAGGAGCUCUGUUCUUUUUUGCAUUUUGCAACUUUUAAAGAUACAGAAGACCUCUUGGUUGCCAGGCCUGGUCUCCAAGAGGUCUUCUGUAUCUUUAAAAGUUGUGCAGGGGGAAGGGAGAAUUCCACCUUGUGGUUUUUCCCAUUACAAUGUUGCAACAACACCUGCACUUGGCUGACUUUCUCUUCUCCUAAAGAUACAGGAUCAGUCUCAGGCCCUGAAUCUGGCAACCCUAGAUGGGAUUCAAUCACAUAAUGGCAAAUUCAGAUUGCAGAAUUACCGUGGAGUGGGAGGCCUUUUACAACAAACCCACUUCCCCAAAAUACUGGCCUUUUUUUGAUAUAUGAGAGCGAUGGGGAAAUGCACUGGAAAGUGUGAGGUGCAACAUCAUCUAACCUCCCUGCAAAUAAAUUGGGAUGGCCGCUCAAUCAGCAAGUCAUCUGGAAGCACCCUGGGUGAAUCUCUGGACUGCAAUCUGGCAAGCCCUCAGCUAACAGCCCUCACAGGGUUCCUGCGCAUACCUGUUGCUGCCUUCCAGAAUUGCAGGCCUAGGCAGGAGAGACGGCCAGACACAGGAUUGUUGUAACACAGCUGAGUUUGGUGACUGAGUGGACAGAAAUAUGGCCUAGCCUGCUCUUGUGCCUUUAAUAGCAGCUCUAUAUAUGGCUGGGGUGGCUGGGGCUGAUAGGAGUUGUAGUACAAAAAGUAUGGAGAGCACCAGGUUGGUGAAGGCUGGCGUAAACAAAUAGGCAGCUGACUUUGGGCUAAAGUUCAUUUCUUGCAUUUGCCACUAGAGGGAGCCAGGAUCCCAUUUAACAAAGACAGUAUCAUCUUUGGUCCUCGUGGUUACCUUGAUUUCUCAACUUUCAGAUUGAAUUUAAAAAAAACCACUGAAACCUCCCAGUGGGUUGAGCCCCACUUCAGAAUCAACAUCCAGACUUCCCAUCCCCAAAUUGUUGUUGUUAUGUGCCUUCAAGUCGAUUUCGACUUAUGGAGACCCUUUGAAUCAGCGACCUCUAAUAGCAUCUGUCAUGAACCACCCUGUUCAGACCUUGUAAGUUCAGGUCUGAGGCUUCCUUUAUGGAAUCAAUCCAUCUCUUGUUUGGCCUUCCUCUUUUUCUACUCCCUUCUGUUUUUCCCAGCAUUAUUGUCUUUUUUAGUGAAUCCUGCCUUCUCAUUAUGUGUCCAAAGCAGCCUUUCCCAACCAGUGUGCCUCCAGAUGUUGUUGGACCACAACUCCCAUCAGCCUCAGCCAGCAUUGCCAAUGGUCAGGAAAGAUGGGAAUUGCGGUCCAACAACAUCUGGAGGCACACUGGUUGGGAAAGGCUGGUCCAAAGAAUGAUAACCUGAGUUUCAUCAUUUUAGCUUCUAGUGAUAGUUCUGGUUGAAUUUGUUCUAACACCCAAUUAUCUGUUGUUGUUUUCGUGGUCCAUGGUAUGCACAAAGCUCUCCUCCAACUGAGUUGAUUUUUCUCUUAGCCGCUUUUUUCACUGUCCAACUUUCACAUCCCCAAAUAGCACAUAGUAUAUAGGAAUAGGGCCUGAGGCUUAAAUCACCUUGUGUCUUCCUCCCAGUGGUUGUUCCUGUAGGGAAGCAUUUGUAAUGCAAAUGAACAGUCUGGACAAGGCCUAUUUACAUUUGCAUUGCAAACCUGAUUGAAGGAAUGGUGGCUUAAAGCCAGCUGGGCUGUGUGGCAGAGCCUCCAUUCUGUUUUGUGCGUUUGGGUUCUGUUUCUCCUGGAAGGUGUUUGAUGUGCAUUGUGGCACCGGACUGGGUGAGUGCAUGACAUGAAAAGAGAUUAUUAUUUAGUAGAUUUAUACAGAUUUACCCAGCUAUGGUAGAUCUCUGGGGAUGAAGGGCAUAUUGCCUUAGAGGCAUCUGCCACCUCGAGGUGGGAGUGUGCGAGAUGAAUACUUCUGUGAUGCCAGGAGCAAUUAGCCUUUCAAGGUUUUUUAAACCCAAACAUUAAGUCUUAAAGUACCCAAGUUUAAAUUUCUUUCACUUGUUUGCAGCGAUGGCACACACUAGAUAAUCAGGCGAAGCUGAAGAUUUGGGUCUUUGCAGGAAGACACUCAGGGCUGUGACUCUCCAGGCCAGCUGACAGGAGUUGUAAUCCAAACCUAUUGGAGGGCGCCAGUCAGCUCCAGACUCUUUAGGAAUUAUCAGUCACUGAAACUUGCACAUGUGAAUCUGUGGAGGAAUUCUUUGAGGACGCUUUCCAUUGUGACUCUCAGGAUUUAAUAAAAGGGUUUAAUCCCAGAAAGUGUCUUGUGAAGCUCUGAGAAAGAGCUCAACCAGAACUGUGACGCUGCAGGACUUUGAGUGCUCUUCUGUGUUGUGUGGAUUUCCAAAAUUUUGUGUCCAAAUGGGAUCCCGCAUAAGAACUCCUGAAACAGGCUAGGUGACUGGCAGCUACCCGAUGAGCCUCUGGAAUUCUUUUUUGGGGAAGGGACGUACCUCAGUCUGCUUUGCAUGCAAAAGGUCCUGGGUUCAAUCCCCGAUAUCUCCAGUUAGGGCUGGGCAACCCUGGAGAGCUGCUGCCAGUCAGUGCAGACAAUACUGAGCUUGAUGGUUUUCGUUCAGCCGCCUGUACAUACAGAGCCUUCUCUGAUAUAGUUUUGAUUGUAUUUUACCUGUUAUCUUCUUGAAGUUAUUUGAAUUUUGUACACUGUGUGUUUGCAUUAUUUGUACUUGGCACAUAUCUGAGUGGUUCAUGGUUGUCUCGGAGGGAAUCCUUCUUAAAGCCACAAAAAGCUAUCAAAAGAUGAGGACGCAGAAAAUGAGAAGCCGGCUGUUUGUGUGCAGAGGGGGGCAGGUUUGGUCUCUCAGGGUUCACCCUUUUAAAAUGAUAAUUUUCAGCGACUGCAUCUCCAUUUCAAGAGGCUUGAAGUUAAUGACAAUAAUGAUGAAGUAUUUUAAAUGACUUUUUUAUAUAUAAAAUAAAAUA